AUGAGUCUGAUUAACCUGCUGACUUCUUCUGUUGCGAGAAAUGGGGUGGUUAGCAUGCUGGGACGUCGGUCGCCGGUAAUUGGAGUCGCUCUGUUGUCUAGAGUGAGUCGUCGUCAAGAAAGGAUUUUGAAUUUACAGGGUAGCAUAGUGAAUAGUCGUCGGUUUUAUGUCAAAAACAUUGACGAAAAGGGAGAAAACGGAUCCGGAGGCGAUAAAGAUGCAUCGGAUGUGACGAGAGGUGCCGUCAAGGCAGGUUCGGUGCCUUUGGGUUCAGCUGCCAGCUCCGCAACCGCAGCUCAGAGUGUGUCACAUGCUAUCCUAGCAACAAAGGAGCAGGAGGCCAACAAGGAUCUUACCAACCCAGAAGCACAGGCAGCUUUCUAUAGGCUGCUGCUGCGGUCUAACUAUCCUCAGUAUGUGGUCUCUAGAUUUGAAACUCCGGGGAUUGCGUCGUCUCCGGAGUGUUCGGAAUUGUAUAUGGAGGCGUUGCAGAGGAUAGGAAGACAUUCCGAAGCAGAUGCUGUGAGACAGACGCUCUUAACAGCCAGUUCUGCCGGUGCAGUGAACCCUUCGUUGGCGUCUUCUUCGGUUAGUUCAUCUGCUUAUCAUGGCACUUUCCCCUCUCUGUACUCGCCCUCUUACGGGUCGAGAAAGGAGCCGUUGCACGUCGUUGUAACAGAAUCGACGUUUGCAAUCGUCUCUCGCUGGAUUAAAUGGUUGGUGAUCUUCGGGCUGCUGACGUACGGGGUCUCGGAGGCAUUCAAAUACGUUAGCGAAAACACUACUUUGUUGAAGUCUUCGGAAGUCGCCGACAAGUCGGUUGACGUCGCUAAGACCAAUGUUAAGUUUGAUGAUGUGCGCGGUUGUGACGAGGCACGCGCUGAGCUUGAGGAAAUUGUUGAUUUCCUCAAGGACCCCGCCAAGUACGAGUCACUGGGGGGCACGCUACCUAAGGGAGUUCUUUUGACCGGUCCCCCAGGUACAGGUAAGACUUUGUUGGCCAGAGCAACUGCCGGUGAGGCAGGAGUGGACUUCUUCUUCAUGUCAGGCUCGGAGUUUGAUGAGGUGUAUGUUGGCGUCGGAGCAAAACGUGUGCGUGAUCUCUUCACGCAGGCCAGGGCCCGCGCGCCAGCCAUCGUUUUCAUUGAUGAAUUGGAUGCUAUUGGUGGUAAGCGUAAUCCAAAAGACCAAGCAUACGCCAAGCAAACUCUCAAUCAGCUCCUGGUUGAGUUGGACGGUUUUUCCCAAACCUCUGGAAUUAUCAUCAUUGGUGCCACAAAUUUCCCUGAAUCGCUUGAUAAAGCACUCACAAGGCCUGGCAGAUUCGACAAAGUGGUAAAUGUAGACUUGCCAGAUGUUCGUGGACGUGCAGAUAUCUUGAAGCAUCAUAUGAAGAAGAUAACUAUGGCUGCAGAUGUCGAUCCUACCAUUAUUGCUCGUGGAACUCCCGGUUUGUCUGGUGCGGAGUUGGCCAACUUGGUCAAUCAGGCUGCUGUCUAUGCAUGUCAAAAGAAUGCUAUCGCCGUCGAUAUGCAGCACUUCGAAUGGGCUAAGGACAAGAUUUUGAUGGGCGCUGAGAGAAAGACUAUGGUUUUGACUGACGCUGCCAGGAGAGCAACUGCUUUUCAUGAAGCUGGUCAUGCGAUUAUGGCCAUGUAUUCUGCUGGCGCCACACCGUUGUACAAGGCAACUAUCCUCCCUAGAGGCAGAGCUCUGGGUAUCACUUUCCAGUUACCUGAAAUGGACAAAGUAGACAUCACUAAGAAGGAAUGUCUCGCUCGUUUAGAUGUCUGCAUGGGAGGUAAAAUAGCAGAAGAGCUGAUAUAUGGUAAAGAUAACACAACUAGUGGUUGUGGAUCAGACCUGCAAAGCGCCACUGGGACGGCUAGAGCUAUGGUUACUCAGUACGGUAUGGGAGAGCAGGUUGGCCCAGUCAAUUUGGCAGAUAAGUGGGAAUCCUGGUCUGAUAAGAUCCGCGAUAUCGCUGAUAAAGAAGUCCUAGAUCUGUUGAAGCAGUCGGAAGAAAGGACGCGCAAGCUCCUGACUGAGAAGAGCGUUGAGUUGCAUAGACUAGCAGAAGGUCUGAUAGAGUACGAAACAUUGGACGCCAAGGAAAUCGAAAAGGUAUGCAAAGGCGAGAAAUUGAAUAAACUGAAGGCAACGACGAACUUAGUGGUCGAAGGACCGGACAGCGAUGAACGUAAAGAUAUCGGUGGGGACAAACCGAAGAGACCAGCUUUGCUCGGCGCGUCAUGA